AUGAGCCGUGAGAGCCGCAUCGGCCGCAAUGCUGAGGAAGAUAUUAGGAAGAUUAGCCAAGCUAUGGAUGCCUUGGCUAAGCUUAUAAUCGAAAAAAGGCAAGAUGGCACACAGUUGCAGCUGGAAUAUCAACACAAACUGGAAAGAUUGAACCAGGUCAUAGAGUUGAUACUAGGAAUGAGACAUAAUGAGAGCGAAACUCGAUACGAACUUGACGCAAACCAUUUAGACAGGCUACUUCGUGGUAAUAUAGAGAUUGUGGAGAAAACAGUUGAGACCCUAAGUACAAAUAGUCAAGCGCAAGCAGAGAGCUAUGCACUUAUACCUAUAGUUAAGAAAUCUCACGCUAGCGAAACCAGCAUACACAGAAAGAAGAAGAAGAAAAAUAAGAUAUGCUGUUCGUUUUGCAAUGAACCUGGUCAUACACGAGCUAAAUGCGAGAAGAAGUUGCUUUUCUCAAAAGAGUAA